CUAAAUCUGCCUACCCGGCCAAAUGCGAAUGCCUGAUCACCGCGGAAGUUGGGAGACGUUGUGGUGUGAAAAGCGGGAGGUUGAUUGUCCAGCAAAAACCACCCUCAAGCACAUGCGCCGCGGCGUGGUGAACUUUGUCGUCCAAGCGAGACCGGCUUGAGCGCUCUUACCUUGUUCCGAGACAACACGUCGAGUGACCUUCAACUCUCGAGUUUCAAACCCUGCAGCGCUGAGCACAAACAUGCGGCCCGCUGGAUCUCAGGGAACAACGAACUGGUAGUUACCAGACGCAGGGCAGUGCAGCGCACAGCAUCCUACCUGCGCUGCGAUAUCCGCGCUGCGACAACGCCAGCCAGCGAUGGCCCCUCCAGGAGUCGGCCCUCUCCUCCGAUGCCACCGUCGCCGUCGCCGUUACGUCAGUGUCUUCGCCCUCUUUGGCGCCCUGACUCUUUUCACCUUUUUGAUUUUCACCUUCCGCCUCCGAAGCCUGCCGCGAUUCACAAGCAUGCGGCCGUUUGACGGUUCGGCAGGCAGAUCUGGGACCGCUGCGACGAUGACGUCGUUAGGGGCUGCACCGGCUGCACCACCAGCAGCUGCCGCGCCCCACUCUGCAACCCUCGACGAUCUUGAGGACAAAGCCAGUCAGGAAGAGGAAGAGGAAGAGGAAAACGAAGACGAAGAGGGCCUCAGCGGGCUCCAGACGCUGUUUGGCAUCAUCGCUGAGCAGGCAGAGGCCCUCGGCAACAUGGAGUACGGAGCCAACAGACACCCGCCCUUCAAGGACGACCCGCCUCAGCUCGUCGCCGACCUGCCCCCGGAGCACAUCCCGACUUACACGCCGCCAUCCCAGAUCGAAGGACCGGGAGGGGACAAGAAUAAGAAGACGCAAGGAAAGCGGUUGGUUGUCGUCGGCGACGUGCAUGGCCAUCUGGUCGCGCUCAAGGCCCUGCUGCGCAAGAUUGGCUUCGAUAACAACAACGGCGACCACCUGGUUCUCGCCGGCGACCUGGUGACCAAGGGUCCCGACAGCAGGGGCGUCGUCCAGCUGGCCAUGGACCUCGGCGCGAGCGCCGUGCGCGGCAACCAGGACGACAGGGUGCUGGUGGCCGCCCGGGAGCUGCGCCGCGCUUCGGUUGACGAUCAGUCCAGGCUGGUGGGAUACAUAUCAGACGCAGACGCAGAAGCGGACGCGGACGCGGAAGAGGACGACGAAGCCCAGACACACAUCCGGAAGAGGGCCCACGUCCGCAAAGUUGCGCGCUCGCUGACGCGCGCCCAGCUCGACUGGCUCAGCACCCGGCCCAUAAUCCUCCGCAUCGGGCGCCUCCCGGACGCGACCUCGCCGCCGUGGAACGCCAGCAUCCUCGCCGUCGUCCACGGCGGGCUCGUCCCCGGCACGCCGUUCGAGAAGCAAGACCCCUGGGCGGUGAUGAACAUGCGAAGUCUACUCUACCCCGGCAGGGGCAAGCAUCACAUCAGCAAAGACACACCAAAGGACGACCCCGACAACAAUGACGAAAACAGCCCUUCGACUCCCAUCCCCACCCCGGCCACCGAAGCCGUCGCCGUCCCCAUCGACGGCCGCAAAGGCGAGCCCUGGAGCCACGCAUGGAACCGCUACCAGAACCACCUCCCCCCGACCGCGCCCCACACCGUGGUCAUCUACGGCCACGACGCCAAAGCAGGGCUGCAGGUCGACUUGGAGGCGGACAUCUCGGCGUACGACCCGUCCUCCUCUUCGAGAAGAAAAGGCAGGAAGCCCAAGCACAGCAACCGCAAUGACAACGUCAAGGGCAAUGGCAAUGGCGACGGUAGCCCCGAGGUGAUGGAGGACAGGGAGAAUGAAGAAAAUGAAGAACAACAACAGCAACGGAAGAAAAAAGAAAGAGAGAAAGGAAAACAAGAAACGGGCCUGCGCUACGCCUUCGGCCUCGACUCAGGCUGCGGCCACGGGCGACAGCUCAGCGCGCUCGUGGUGGAGGCCGGGCCGGCGGGGGUGAGCCACACGGUUGUGCAGGUGGACUGUUCCGAGGUGGACAGACGGAAGGGGAAGGGGAAGGGGAAGAAGGGGGCGGAGCGAGGUUGAGGGAGGGCAAGAAUGAAGUACUUCGGUGGUUGGUGAGGGAGGGGGAAGUUGGGUGGUGGUGGAAGAAAGAAAGCAAGCAAGAAAGAAAGGGCGCGACGGAGAGCACGAAGAGGAGGAGA